GAGGGUGUUUAACGUGUAUGGUGUCUAAUCAUAUCGUUUAACGUGAUUUGACCUCGGAUUGACGGCGGCCUUUCCCGUGUUAUCCGGAUGAGGUAGUUUAACCGGAUGACAUGCGCGUCGUUUGAUUGGCACCAAUUUUGGCGAUCAUCUUCGAAUCCGAUGGAAACCUCGCAGCUGCUGCAGAAGGACCAGCCCCAGAAGGCGUCGCGGUCCACGCCGCUCAAGAUCGCCGCCGUCGCCGUCCUCGGACUCGUCGGGUCGCUUGUCGUGUACUCGUCCGUCUCUUCCCACCAUGGCACCACCGGCGCCGCGACGUCGACUGAGUCCAACCCGUCGAACGUGUGCCUCACGUCGCGCUUUCUCACUCUGGACCAACUCAAGACGUGCGUGCACUCGAUACCGUACAACGCGACCCAGAAGACCCUCGUCCUCGACCACAUCCGCCGCACGUUGCCCAACUAUGUGUUUACGGAAAUCGCCAAGGCCGAACAUGCGUUUGGGCCGUAUACGUUGGCGCCGGUGGACUUGGCGGCCGAGUUGGCUGCGAUCGAAGCCGCCGACUUUCCCAACGACCUGGCCCUUCACGACGCCCUCUACAACGUGUUUAAGCAACUCCAGGACGCGCACACGACGUACCACAAGCCCAGUCUGUACUCGCAAUUCUACGCCCUGCAGCCAGCCUCGCUCAUCUCGGUCGUGCGCAACGACAAGCAAAUCAUUCAACUGGCCAAACCCGACGCGACCGAAGUCAGCAUCUACCGCGAGUUCUUUCCGUCGGAAACGCAUGACUUUGACGUGGUCGGGUGGGAAGUGGUGCGCAUCGACGGCGAGCCGGCGCUGAGCGUCCUCCGAUCGUUCGCCGACGACCACGUGGGUAUUCUCAAGGACGGUGGCACCCGUUUCAACCUGGCCGUGUCGGGGUUCGGCACUGGCCGCGGGCAGUUUGUCUACCGACCACUGUCUUCGUUGGACGUCCCGACCAAGUCAUUUGUCGAGUACUCGCUGUACCACGCCGCGACCAACCAAACCAAGACCGUCCAGUACAACUGGAUCGGUCUUAACGGCGUCGCCAAGCCAGGUCGUGCCCUCCCUGCCUCGAGCCACAAUGGCAAGCUCGAGCACUACUUUGAACGCCUCGUCCGGCACCUGAUCUACCACAGUCUGUUCGAACCCACGCCCGAAGUCUCGUACGACACUGUCGACGGAGAUGCGUCCGUGGGAGUACUCAAGAUCGCCGCGUUUUCCGCCAUCGGCGGCGAAGACAGCGCCACGUUCACGGAGGAGUUCACGGCCAACGUCACGGACGCGCUCUCCGAGUUCGUGCACUCGAACAAGACGACGCUCGUGCUCGACCUCACGGGCAACGGCGGCGGCGACAUCUGCUUGGGGUACGCCACCCUCCGGUACUUGUUUCCGCAGCUCGACCUGCCGGGGCCCCGCGAAGGCACGGGGCCGCACACGGAAGCUGUGUACCACGUACAAGCUAGUCCGUUGAUCGAGUUGCUCGCGACCCAAGGCGAAUCGUUGCUCCAGAACGACCCCAUCAGCUGCACCAGUGAGUUUUGCCCCAGUCAGUGGUACAGCACCACCACGAAACGGCAGUUCUUGAACGCGUCAUGGGCGACCCAGGGGGUAACCAACACAGUAUUGGGAAAUGUGAGCCAGGGACUGUACUACGGAUGCAGCUCAUACAACGACUUCUUUCCCCCGCCAGGCGCCAACUUCAAGGGGCUGUCGGCUGAUCAUGUGAUCUUAGUCUCCCACGGGUACUGCGGCAGCACGUGCUCGGUGUUUUCGAGCUUUAUUCAGCAGCAUAACCUCGCCCACACGGUUGCGUUUGGGGGGUACAAGGACGUGGCGCAGCAAUUCUUUUCGUUCCCGGGGGGCCAAGUGUACACCACGGGCGCGUUGUACGACGACGCGGUGGCGUUGGGCGUCGACUCGAACGACCUCGUGCCCCAACCCUUGUCCAACAUCUCAGACUUAUACGCUGGCUCCACCGUGAGCUUUGCGCUGGUGGCGAUUUCUCCGUGGAAAACCCAAUGGAAUAAGACCCUGCUGCCGCUCGAGUACACGUUCGUGCCUGCGACUCAUAACCCAGUCUUCCCCGCCGACCCCCUCAACACCACCGCCUUGUACCACGCGGCCGUGUCGGUCGUCCGGAACGCCUCGUAAUAGGGUUGUUUUAACACCACUCAACGUUAGUGUAAUCUUCCUUGAAGUGUACUUAGUCAUAAACUAUUAGUACUGGACCUACUGAGAAGGCUUCAAGAUGGAUGAUAUUUUUUGCAUAAAGAGGCCGAUAAUAUAGAGUGGCUUUUCGUG